UUGGGUCAGCAUGGAGGCCGUGUCGGGUUUUUUUUAUUAUCGUUUAAUGUUUGUCUUGUGUAAAGCUAAUGUGCACCUGUAGUUAGAGAUGUGUGGGUGACAUGUUAAAGAUUUAAACCUCAGUUUGGUCCGAAUACACGAGGAGAUGUGAGGAUACAUAAUAAUAAGAUAGCAGCUUGGCGUGUUUACAGCACAGCAGCUGUUUGUGUUUAUGCACAGAUACCUUAUCUUCUCAUCCCCAGAAGACACAUCCAUCCCUUCACCAUCACCAUCUGUUAAUUCUCUCGUCCCUCACACCCGUGGCGCCUCGAUGCCUAACGCCUCAGAAAGUCAGGGGUCAAACCUCCCCGGGCCCUCGGACCCCUCCGGGCUGCAAAGGCCCCAGGAGGGCGAGGACGACCACAGCCUGAUGGCCAGGGAAGCUGCGAGAGUCCGGAGGGCCUCAAGCGCCGAACUCCACCUGCCCUGGACCUGCCCCGUCACACACUCCAGGGAGAAGUUCUACACCGUCUGCUCCGACUACGCUCUCCUGAACCAGGCGCCCUCCGUGUACCGGCCCCCGAACAUCACCAACAUGCAGGACGUGAAGCCCAAACCUGCAGAGGAGUUCAGCGCCGGCCCCUCUGAUCCUGUGGGGUCCGACGGAGACGGAGACAUGGUGGAAUUGUCCAAACCUAUCCUGGCCUGGGAGAUAGACACCACAGACUUCAACGCUGUGCUCACCAGGAAAAUACGAACAAGUAAUGUGAAGAAGAGCGGCUCGAAGAAGAUGAAGUCUUCAGACAGACUGAGCAGAAACCUGCAGGACGUCGCUCCUCACGCCUCGCAGGAGGAGAUCAAACAGAGAAAAGUGCUCGACCUCCGGAGAUGGUACUGCAUCAGUCGGCCGCAGUACAAGACUUCCUGUGGCAUCUCCUCUCUCAUUUCCGUCUGGAACUUCCUGUACAGCACUCUGGGUGCAGGCAGUUUACCCCCCCUCUCUCAGGAGGAAGCGCUGCAUAUUCUGGGUUUCCAGCCGCCUUUUGAAGAAAUAAAGUUUGGUCCUUUCACAGGAAAUGCCACUCUGAUGAGGUGGUUCCGACAGAUUAAUGAUAAUUUCCGAGUGCGCGGCUGCUCCUACAUCCUGUACAAACCUUAUGGGAAACACAAGACAGCAGGAGAGACGGCUGAAGGAGCGUUGCUGAAGCUGACUCAGGGGCUGAAGGACGAGUCCAUGGCGUACAUCUAUCACUGCCAGAACCACUACUUCUGCCCCGUGGGCUUCGAGGCCACACCGCUCAAAGCUGCCAAAGCGUACAGGGGUCCUCUCCCCAUAAAUGAGAUGGAGCACUGGAUCCUGAUCGGUGAACCCAGCAGGAAACACCCGGCGAUCCACUGUAAAAAAUGGCUGGACAUCGUGACGGAUCUCAACACUCAGAAUCCAGAAUAUCUGGACAUCCGUCACACAGAGAGGGGGAUUCAGCGCCGCAAAACCAAAAAGGUGGGGGGUAACCUGCACUGCAUCAUGGCCUUCCAGCGGGUGAACUGGCAGAAGCUCGGGCCCUGGGCUCUGAACCUGGAGAACCUGCGGCACGACGCGGGACACGGGAGCGCCUCGGACGACGCCGAGGAGAGGACGUCCUCCAAACGCCUCGCCAACCUCGGCCGCUCGAACAGCACCGGCAGCCAGAAAGACUCGAGCUGGAAACGCCUGUCCAACUCCACCGAGUACAGACAGAGAUCCCCCGACAGCGACCUGGAGGAGGACAUCACAGACUGAGGAAAGGUUAAAGAACAAGACGCCUCGGUACAGAAACCCUUCGGUAAACAGGAUUGCUCUGGUUUUAUAUUUUACUACCAACUAAUCCCAUGCAAAGACAGAAUUCAAUCGUGCGUUAGGAAGUUUUAGAGCUAUAGUUCUGAUUCACAGACAGGUUUUUUUGUUCUCACAUGCCAAUUAUCAGAGGGCUUUUAAGUGCCAUGUUUGUGUGCAAGCUGUUCUCUCAUUGGUCGCCAUUGUUACCGGGAAGAUUUGCCUCCAAAAACAUCCUUCUCUUUGUUAAUUUUCCUUCUUUAUGAAGUGGUGAAGAAGUUAGUAUCUCACUGGUUCUCUGCACAAAAACCCAAUGGGAUUUUCAGAUUGGAUUUUCGAUGAUAGCGGAAUAUAAACUUUGAGGCAAACACGUAUAUGAUACUUACUCAUUUUGUUCUGCUAGAUAAUCUCCAAAUAUCAACACCAGUUUUAUAAAUGUGUAAAUGCUAUCUCUAGAAGAAGCUAACGUUAGGCUUUACAGGAAGUACAGCACGGUCACAUGACUUCACGUUAAUACGGCUAAGCUAAAGGCGGCUAAUAAUCAGCGUGAUGGAGUUCAGUCAUCUCAUUUACACACUUUUUGAGACACAUAUAGGCUUCAGACAUUCAGCAGUAGAGGUUAUCUACUGAUGUUCUUAUAUUAUAUAGAACACAACGUAAAUAUCUCUUCAGCUUUUGUUAACCACAGACCUUUUUUCAGGCUAACAACCAAAAACACGCUCAAAAAACCACUGACUUCUAGAGGAGCGAACUGGAAGUGCUCAAAUGCUGACUCGUUUCCAGGUUAUAGGACUUGCAUAACACGUAACAUUAAAGUCUGUAAACAUGUCAGAGUAGAGGAACAACAUACCAAUAUGAACCUGAAAAAUAGCCUAAUAUGUCCCCAUGCUCCAUCACAUUUAUAAAGCACAUGGACAGUCAGGUAAACCCGCAAUAACACUUAAACUAAAUGUUCAUCUCGAGGUGUUUUGGUGUUCUUGUGGGAUUUGUUGACAGUAAGAACAAUAAAGAAUACAACCAGUGUUACCAGUAUAUAUAAUACUGGUGAAUCCGUGACUUUUAAGACACUCAGAUGUGGAUUCAAGUCAUUUUUGGGGUCAUAUUUAAGUUUUCAGUUGUUUAUUUUGUAGUCUUUUAUAACUCCUUGUACAGGUAAGUGGGCUUGUGUUGUGGAUAAUUCAGUGGAAAUGCUUAAAAGUUAAAGUGUCGUGAACGCAGCUGACAUGUUGUGCUUUGUGAAACCUCCAGUGAGAUUGUUGCGUAGAUAAUCCCAGAUUUGAAAAAGGUGCGGGUUGUACAGAAGUUAAAAAUCCCUGAAAAAGUGAUGAAUGCAUGUGUUAUUCCCAUGUUUGUGCACAGCCACAGUUUGUCUCUGACCCAAUACAGAUGUCAUUGUGCACUUUAAAUGUACUGCUUUAUUUAUUAUUGCUUUUCCAAUAAAUUAAGAUUUUUAUA